AUGGCCACCGUGAUCCACGUUACUACUCAUGCUACGGUCGAGGUGCUUGAGUACCGCAGGACUAAUCUCGAGCAUAAUCAUGAAGUCUGUCUAGUGGAGGUUCGCAUCCAUAAAGUUUUCUCGCCAAUGAGUUCCCAAAAUGUGUUGCUGCCAUUAGUUCCCAUCGUCCCGAUAAGUGAAGGUUUGGUUAUUGAUGUCAACACAAGGCAAUCUUCCAUGCAAAGUGUACAUAACACCACUCCACCUAGGAAAGAGGAUGAAGUUGUGGAUAGAAACCCGGUAGACGGUGUUGUGCAUUUGUUCGGAAAAUGGAGUAAUUGCCGUCGAUGCCACAAGUUGACUGUGGCGGAGGGAGCAUUCUGUGCUUACUGUGGGAUACCAAGUCCUGAUGGAGCAAGAAGGAGGAAUGAGACGACUUCGCAUAUGGGUGCUGGUGCUGGUCCUCUUCAGCCUUCUGGUUUGCGUCUCGUGAUCACCACUAGUAGAGAUGGCUCUAACCUGUUUACGAAACAGCGCGAAGCGGGUGUUGUAGUGUCCAAGGCAUUACCGACAGCGGCAGCUGAGUAUCCAACACCAUUGUCGCUGCCUCCACCCUUUGCCAAUUUGAAGGGCCUUGGUCGCUCGUAUGCCCGGAGUUACGAGGAAGAGAAAGUGUCGUUACGGGAUGCGAGCGGUGAUGAUUACAGCGCUGACGUUGGCGAUGAUGAUCGUCUGUCGGAGGUCUCGGAUGAAUCGGAUUGUUCCUCGGACAGCAGUGACUCCUCAUGGGAAUCGGACUGUUUUAUUACGCAUGGUUCUGGGGAGAUAGGUCCUAGACUGUUCACCGUUGUCGGUCACGGCGACGUGUGGGGUGACCUUGUGUCGCCUCCCUUCCUGGGUAACGCGGUCGGUUCAGCUGCUAAUUUUGGGCAAGUCAUGUAGCUUGAACUGCCACGGUGUGACGCCCGAACUACGGGGUAUAGAAUGAUAUCAUUUGCUGCUUGUGUGUAUUGAUAAUAGGAGUUAGCGUCGUUCACUAGGAAUAUGUCUUAAUGUUAGACGAACAUUUCAUGAUGUGAUGACGAUGCUUUCUGUAGUGUAUGGAGUCGAGCCAGACAUUUGAUGCGAAUAUAUCCUUUUUCUGCUCGUGCUGUUACUGAUUAAUAACUAUGGAACUAUAUGAUUUGUUUGCUAUACCACACUUACUCUACUUGUUCUUCCUAUUCCUUCCGAUUGAGAUUGUCGCUUGCGAGAAGCGAUGAUUACUUGUUGAUUGUUUGGUGGAACUUCCUAUUGAUACUAUUCUUACUAAAUUUUCUAUAUGUUUUCGUCGAGAUUGAGGCUUGCGCUUGUACAUGCCGCUAGUAGUGGAGUGCGAGUUUAGGUCAUGGCUACUACUGAUAGUGGUGCUGUUCCUUAACGAGGUUGUAUAUGUUUGCUGUAGUGUUGGACUAUAUCUCAGCCUUGGCAGUCAUGGUCAACCUUUGCACUUUCGUGGCUAUUCCUGCACUGUAGUAAUCUUCCUCUGUUUCGA